UGCGACAGACCGAUUCUUCGUCGGUAAUGCUGCAGGGAGUCUAUACAGGGAAUGUAUCUACGCAGGGAAUGUAUCUGCCGACAUCAACCUGAAUGUUCGGGAAGCGUUGCAAACGAAUAGUAUAAAAUGAUAUUGACUUCAUUGGGAUAUGAUAUCAUGCAAUGGUGAUUGUAUAAUUCUAAUGUUGAACUGGUGCAUAGUGAUAUUACCUUUUUUUAUGGACACAUGAACAUGAUAAUGCUUUUAACGUUGUCAAAGUGGCCGCGCUUUCAUGACACAAUGAUGAUUUUAUUGGGCAUUUACGUGACAGGAAUAAAGCUAGGACAAGUUUGUUGUGAAAAUCGCGACCUUUGGGACGAAUGGUGGGGUUACGGAAGCGGCACAUCAGGUCCUGAAUUUUGGGGAAAGCUUUACUCGAUAUGUUCGAAGGGCAAAUACCAGUCGCCUAUCAACAUCGACCCCGACUUCAUGAUCUACGACCCCAACCUUUCCUCGGUAGCAUACGAAGGAUCACGGGUGAAUGGCACUCUGAGAAAUACCCGACACGACCUGACCUUUGAAGUGAACUACUCGGACCCUCAUAGUAACUCGUUUAUAUUUAGGACUGGGCCAUUGUCUUACGCCUACCGACUGUAUAACAUCAAGAUGCACUUCGGUCUUUUUGACGACCUUGGAUCGGAACACACAAUAGCGGGAAAGCGGUUUCCAAUAGAAUUACAGUUCAUGGGUUUCAAUAUUGACUUGUUCAAGAACCAUACGGAGGCAGUGAUGUCUACCCAUGGACUAGCCAUUAUAUCCGUCCUAGGCUCGAUUGGGGAAAUGAUGAAUCUCGAAUUCGACAAAGUACUAACAGCGGUCAAAUAUAUGAAUAAACAAGGAGACAAACAGCCCAUUUUAGACUUCAACAUUUUGGAUAUAAUUCCUCGGACAACACUGUUUAUAACAUACGAAGGAUCCCUGACUCAACCCGGUUGCCAGGAAACUGUCACGUGGCUAAUUGUAAACAAACCUCUCCAUAUUUCCAAACAACAGAUUAUGUCUCUUCGCGAGCUGCAGGAAUGGUCAGAUCACCGCCCCAGUGUUGAGGCCAAUAACUUCCGUCCAACGUUGCCCGUAAACAGACGAGUUGUUCGGACCAAUAUUAAGCCAUUUCACGAGUCCGAAGAAUGUGCACUAAAAGUACAAAAAUCAUACAAAGUUAACCGAAGUAUUUUAGGAUUGUGACGGCUUUAUGACUAAACUAGACUUGCAUAGAUGACGUAUCUCGAUCGCUGACAGUAUUAAUUAUUUCGUAGAUGAUAAAGGUGCUAUGCUUCAUAUAUGUCUUGGAAAACUAAAACCACGAAUGCUUCCAGUAAAGAAAAGACAGCUCAAUUAUAAUUUCGCGUUCAAUUGUAUGUUAAAUGUUCUUGGUGUUUGUGUUUGAGUUUAUGGUUUUAUAUCGUACAUUUACACUAGAAACGACGCAAAAGCUGGAGAUAGUCUUUGAGUUAUAUUUUUCAUUCGCACAGAGCUUGAACUAUAUACUGUGUUGCUUACGUAUUUCAAUUACAACAACGAACGGAUUGGAGGAAUUAAGUUGGUAUGGACAUACUGUAUCAUGUGCAAGCUUCGUGUUUAAAAGUGUGUAUUGGUUUAGGAGAUGGUUGUAAAAAAUGUAAUACAACGUGUGUCAUUGAUAUAAAAUAUACAUAAACAUUAUCCCAUGUUCUACUGUUUGUUUGUAAUAAUUGUGUUUCUA